AUGACCGUAGAUCUAUGUAGGGAUGGGCUAACUCAUAACAUGCUAGAGAUGAUUCAUGCGCAUUGGAAGCGCCAGGAAGUUUGUAAGGUUCGAUGUAGAGGUGUUCCAACUGUUGAUAUGGACAAUGUCUGCUACCAUCUCGAGGAGAAAACUGGAGGAAAGAUCAUACAUCGAAUUGGCGGUGUUGUUUUUCUAUUUCGUGGCAGAAACUAUAACCCUCGCACUAGACCUCGUUAUCCUAUAAUGCUCUGGAAACCAGCUGCUCCAGUGUAUCCAAAACUUAUUCAGGAUGCUCCUGAAGGACUAACAAAAGAAGAUGCAGAUGAGUUCAGAAGAAAAGGGCAAAAGCUAUUGCCAAUUUCAAAAAAUGGAAUAUACCUGAAUCUUGUUAAAGAUGUAAGAGAUGCCUUUGAAGGAAGCCCUUUGGUAAAAAUCAACUGCCAAGGGAUGCAUGCAAGUGAUUACAAAAAGAUAGGUGCAAAACUGAAGGAACUAGUCCCCUGUGUGCUAUUAUCUUUUGAUGAGGAGCAGAUCUUGAUGUGGAGAGGCCAUGGUUGGCAACCAAGGUAUCGGGCACCCACUCCUUCCAUUUCAAAGGUUGACAAGAACGACACUAGUGCUUUGUCUGAUGCCGAAGGCUCAUCAAGUGGCAUUGGUGAUGAGAGCACAACCGAACUAGAAGCAAGUAAACCAAAGAUGUUUUUACUAUGGAAACAAGCAAUCGACUCACACAAGGCCCUACUUAUAGACGAGAAUGCUGAACUCACUCCAGAUUCACUUCUUGAAAGGGUGGAGGAAUUUCAAGGUAUGUCGCAGGCAGCUGAACAUUCAUACCCUGCCUUAAUUUUGCGCGGGGGUGAAGACACCAAUAAUACAGUCAAGUCUAACGACAAUGACGAGGUUGAUGACACUGACGAAACUAGUGAAGAUAACGAAGAUCGAGAGAUCGAUCUAAAUGAUUCGUUUGAGGAGGUGGAUCCUUGGGCACCUCAUGGUUCAUUACCAGUUGAUGUGAUAGCGGAGAGAGGCCAAGUGUAG